CACUAACGGCUGUCCGGAAACGGUCUCUAUGGCUGAAAAAGAGGAACUGAUUGAGAUGUUGGCCAAUUGGAAACGACUAUACGUUUUGUUAAUCGACACUGCGGAUGGAAUCAACGAUUGUCUCGGCCCUGUUCUACUCAUUUGGGUGGCUCACAUCUUUGUCGGUUUCAUCGCCAUUCCGUUUUACAUCCUCGACGGAAUUCAUUUCAACACUGGAUCGUUGAGUUCCUCCUGGGUUUUGCUGAUCAUGAACUUUUGUCUUUUUUCCCAGCAUCUUUUUCAUUUGCUGAUCAUCACCGCAAUUUCCAGUCGCAUCUGGCACGAGGCAGCUGCAAAUGGAAAAUUAUUACAGAAAGUGAAUCUGCACGAUUUCUACCAUCUCCAAGACCAGGUGAACAUGUUGACGACCGAAGUUUUCCUGUCGCUGCCCCGCAUCACAGCCAUGGAAUACGGAGACUUGGAUUUUUCGCUGAUUCCUACCGUGAUUGGCACUUCUUUGACUUAUUUGAUAAUCUUGUGUCAGUUCCAAUCGUCGGAGCAGUAACAACAACUGAUGGGCAUACCUCUUAACAGAAAUUGAUCCAUCGCAAACGAAGCGCUAUUCCCAUUUUUUUGGACCCAUUUCAUCAAAAUGUCAUUUAUUUUAUUGUUUUGAAUAUAACGGCUGGUCCCAUUGGCCAAGGCAAUCGAUGUGCAUGCGCUUCUAAUGAGAUAAAUUGUUAUA